AUGUUGGACAACCGAUGGGUUGUGCCAUAUAACCCUUACCUUCUGCGGAUGUUUAAUUGCCACAUCAACGUCGAGGUCUGCUCUAGCAUAAAGGCUGUAAAAUACAUUUAUAAGUACAUUUAUAAGGGCCAUGAUAAGGCUUCUUUCAGCAUCGACCAGCCAGACGCUGAUGGUAACAUUGAUGAGAUCAAGAGAUACGUUGACGCAAGAUGGGUCACCCCUCCGGAGGCUAUGUGGAGGAUAUUUGGCUUCCCACUAUGUGCCAAUGACCCGCCUGUCUUGCAGUUGCCUCUUCAUCUCCUGAAUAUGCACAGGUUUGCAUUCAAUGCACAGGCUGACUUGAAGAAUGUUGUAUCCUCCGAGAAUGCUUCAAAAUCCAUGUUAACGGAGUAUUUCAAGGCAAACGAACUACACCCUUGGGCAAGGCAUAUAUUGUACAAGGAUUUCCCCGGAAGCUUCACGUGGGAGAAGAAAAAGAAGAUAUGGAAGAGGCGGGUGGAGUGUUUUCAACUAGGUCGUAUCGUGUCUGCCAAUCCUGCCGAGGGGGAGCGAUACUACCUUCGUGUGUUGUUGAACCAUGUUCUGGGGAAAACAUCAUUUGAGGACUUGCUCACCGUCGACGGCGUGGUAUGUGGGAGCUUUAGAGAGUCCGGUGAAAGGUUGGGACUCAUCGAGGCAGACAACACGCUCGACGACUGUCUUACUGAGGCGGAGCAGUGGGCUAUGCCAUGUUCUCUUAGGAGGCUCUGUGCAACAAUCUUGGUGCACUGCAAGCCAGGCGACGUGCGCGGGUUAUGGGAUAGACACCUCGAGCCUAUGUCCGAUGACUACCGUCGGACACGCACGUCCCCGAACGAGGUGGAGCAGAUGGUGUUGCUUGACAUUAGGGGUAUGUUGCAGUCUAUGGGUAAAGACAUUAUUGAUUUUUCUCUUCCAAUGAUCGAUGAUGCAUUUGACCCAACCGAGGGCGAGGCCAGAGAGAUCAUUGAGGAAUCAACCAUUGAGUUUGACGAAAGUGACACUAAAUUGUCAUCUUCCCUGAAUUUUGAGCAAAGGGCUGCAUACGACGAGAUACUAGCGGCUGUUGAACGCGGUGAUGGGGGUAUAUUCUUUGUUGAUGGCCCUGGAGGUACGGGGAAGACCUUCCUUUACAGGGCGAUGCUCGCCAAGGUGAGGCGCGAGGGCAAGAUUGCUAUCGCUACCGCGACGUCGGGCGUCGCUGCUUCUAUCAUGCCUGGCGGCAGGACUGCCCACUUGAGAUUCAAAAUCCCACUGAGUUGUGAUGAUGGAGCCUCGUGCAGCUUCACCAAGCAGAGUGGGACCGCCAAGCUGCUAAGGAUGGCCUCAUUGAUACUAUGGGACGAGGCCAGCAUGACUAAGCGACAAGCGGUUGAGGCAUUAGACAAUAGCAUGCGCGACAUCAUGGGAAUACGCGACCGACCCUUUGGAGGAAAGACUGUUGUUUUUGGCGGGGACUUUAGGCAGGUGCUUCCGGUCGUCAGAAGGGGGUCACGGGGCCAGAUAAUUGAUGCAAGCCUCCGAAGUUCUCAUCUAUGGAAGAGUAUGCGGCAGCUUCAGCUCAUCACCAACAUGAGGGCUCAUAAUGACAAGUGGUUUGCAAAUUACUUGCUCAGGGUCAGUAAUGGCACAGAGGAAGCCGACGAUCAAGGCAACAUACUACUCCCUGAUGAUAUCUGUCUGCCAUCUACAGGCGAGGUUGACGACCUGGAGAAGCUGAUUGACCACGUGUUUCCGAGUCUAGAUGACAACAUGGCAGAUUCGAGUUACAUGACAUCUCGCGCAAUCCUUUCCACGACAAAUGACAACGUCGACAAGAUAAACAUCCGCAUGAUAGAGCGUUUCCACGGAGAUGAAGUAAUCUACCAUAGCUUUGACAGUGCGGAGGAUGACCCAUAUGGCUACUACGCUCCUGAGUUUCUGAACGGAUUGACUCCCAAUGGUCUUCCUCCGCAUGCACUCAAACUAAAGCUGAAUUGCCCGGUGAUACUUCUAAGAAACAUUGAUCCAGCUAAUGGGCUGUGUAACGGGACUAGGCUUGUCGUUAGAGGUUUUGAGAGGAACACCAUUGAUGCAGAAAUCGUGAUUGGACAACACGCUGGUAGGAGGGUCUUCCUUCCUCGAAUACCUCUGUGCCCAUCUGACAACGACAUGUUUCCAUUCAAGUUUAAGAGGAAGCAAUUUCCUAUUAGGCUUAGUUUUGCUAUGACGAUUAACAAGGCUCAAGGGCAGACCAUCCCAAUUGUUGGUGUGUAUCUACCUAAUCCGGUGUUCUCUCAUGGUCAACUCUAUGUUGCUUUGUCUCGAGCCACCGCGAAGAGAAACAUAAAAAUACUCAUUCAGAAGGAGAAGCCAAAGGAGAAGUCCAACAAGCAACAUAACAAUCCGAAGAAGCGUAAAAGACCGACCGUGUCCUUGCUGACCUCAAUGAAGAACAUCGUCUACAAGGAAGUACUUACAGGCUGAAGUAUGGUCUUAAUAGACCUGCUGGAUUUAUAGAUGCAAUUUACUCUUCCGAUGGUCAAGAAUUGCUGUAAUCUGUUCUAUGACAUAUCUUUUCAUUUGGUAUCUUGGUUGUUGGAGCUAUACACCAAUCAGUUCAAGUAAUAACUGCAUUUCAAUAAAUUUAUACUGUGUUAUGUGUAAUCUGACAAUGUACAUGUCACACAGCGUACUGUGUUAUGUGUAAUAUGAGAAUCAGAAAUAAUGAUUGGCUUCA